UAUUGCUCUCUAGUUGUCUUGAACAGCUAUGAAUGUUGGUGCUCUGAGCGUUCUGUUCGUCAAUGUUUUUGUGCGCAUCAUCUGGUGGGGCAGUUACUAACGCAGGUGAGUCCCACCUGAUAGAAGUAGCAUGAUAAACUGUUUUCCUGAGCUACGCUGUAUCUUGUACGAUUGUCGUUUUCAGCGCAGUAAGUGCUAGUGUCGUGUGCGAACAUGAACCCGGCGAUAUCGAAGUUCGUUCAGAAGAAGGUGAUUUACCCAGGCGUCGGCGAUAUUCCUCGCUUCGAAAAGGGUGCGAAGUGCACGUUCCACUUUUGCGUGAAGCGCUUAAGCACCGAUGAAGAUGAUCCGGACGGCGUUAUUGAUGACAGCCGCAAGCUUAAUCGCCCCAUGGAACUGCUCAUCGGCAAAGAGUUUAAGCUUCCCGUUGUGGAGCAAUGCAUUAAGUCCAUGAAAGUUAAGGAGGUGGCCGAAUUUACAAUAAACAAAUGUUUGCUAGACAACUACACGCUCGUGUCGCAAAGCUACCGCGCAUUCGCCGGCAUCGGGAAGCCGCACAAGCGUCGAUGUUGCGGUAUGAUGGAGGAGAAGUACACCACUGGUCACGCAGACCUAGAUAAGCUAGCGGAGAAACUGGUGGACUUGUCGUGUACCUUUGAACUGCUCAAAGUGGAAGAGCCGGGCGAAUAUGAAAAGGACGUCUGGGCGAUGACGGCCGAAGAGAGGCUGGGUGCCGUACCUGCCUUGAAGGAGCAGGGUAAUCGGGCUUUUCAAGCGGGCGACAUGGACACAGCCAUGAACAAGUACAGGGAAGCCCUCGAGCACUUGGAAAGCUUGCUGCUUCGCGAGAAACCGGGCGACGAAGAGUGGAACGAGUUGUACAAGAUGAAAGUGCCGAUUCUCCUGAACUAUUCGCAGUGCCUCCUUAACCAAGGUGAAUUCUACGAGGUCAUACGUCAUACUUCCGAAGUGCUCAGCAAGGAUCCCAACAACGCAAAGGCUCUAUUUCGGCGGGCAAAAGCCUACUUCGGCUCUUGGAGUCCGAACGACUGUCGCGCGGAUCUGUUGAAGCUUCAGGAAGUUGACCCGUCUCUUUCGAAGGUUGUGAACACAGAGCUCAAGAAGCUCGAAGCUGAAGAAAAGAAAAAGAACAAGGAAGACAGUACCAAACUUAUGAGCAUGUUCAAGUGAGCAAGUUUGUCAUAUUUGUACGCUCAAGUCAGUAGAGAACUGCUGCGUGGGCGCCGAAAAGAGCUUUCCGCUAGUCGAUGUUGCAGAAAAUAAAUUUUUACUGUUGUUGCA